AUGUCAAUCAACGAACCCCUUACCCCUAUAAUCUAUACCGUGCUCCUCACAGGCGUAGUUGCUUAUAUGCGCACAGGCAACUUCCAGCCGUUCAACGAAAAUUUCACAACAAAUACAGCACUAGCCAUCUCCAUCUUCACCCUACUCAAAGGCGCUAUUGGGCAUGCUCGGAAUGGCCUGGCUUCUUCUACAGAAUUUAGCCUCAGCUUCUUCUACAUCGCUCUCUGCACACUAAGUUUUAUGCGUUUGCGUGCGGUCUAUCUACGCCUCAAGGUCCCGAAGGCAUACCGACCAAUCACGCUGCUCUGCACGCUCGGCAAGGCGCUUGAAUCAGUGAUCGCCACACAGAUCAGCUUCCUCGUCGACGAGUAUCGAUUGCUGCCAGAAACGCAUAUUGGAGGCCGUGAUGAUCCUGUCGCUUCUUUGCUCAAUAUCGACGUAUCUGGUGCAUUUGAUAACGUCUCCCAUAAACGGCUCAUCCAUUGUCUGCGCAUGCGCAAAAUCCCCCUCGACAUCGUGCAAUGGAUCGCCAGCUUUCGCUGCCAUCUCGGUGGCCGAAGGGGCAUAUCCACGGACCAUGCCAUUCACAUCAUCAUCGACCGAAUCAAGACAUCGUGGGGAAAAGGCAAGCCAGUGGUAUCUCUACUAAUGCUAGAUGUCGGGGGGGCGUACGACAACGUUUCGCACGAACGUCUACUGCACAACCUCAAGGAACGAUGCCUGGGACACUUCGUCCCCUGGGUAAAAGCUUUCUUGACAAAUCGAAGCACGAGAAUCCGCAUGCCCGAAGGCAUGUCCGAUACAUUUCCAACCCCCACGAGCAUUCCUCAAGGGUCACCUAUCUCGCCCAUUCUCUAUCUUGUCUACAAUGCAGACCUCCUGGAAGGCUGCGGAACGGGCAUCACCAGCAAUGGCUGGGUGGACGAUGUUGGCUUCAUGGCCAAAGGCGACAGCGAACGUGAAACCACCAGAAAGCUCAGGGCGGCAUGCCAGAAAGCCGAUCGAUGGGCCGAGAAACAUGCAUCAGUCUUCGACCCGAAGAAAUACGCACUCAUACAUUUUGUGAACACCAAAGAGGUAGAUCCCCAAUACACAUCCCUUACUCUACGAGGACACACCGUGACCGCGACAAGGACGGCCGAGCGAUAUCUAGGCUACUGGCUGGGUCCCGGUCUGUAG